AUGACUGAUUUGAAUAAGAAAAAGUUUUGCUUGAGUAAUCCGCAUUCCACCUGCAGUUCUCCUAAAAUAGAUCUAGGUCCUACAGAUAGGUUUCUAGGUUCUCCUGAUAUAGAUCUAAGUUCUACAGAUAGGUUUCUAGGUUCUCCUGAUAUAGAUCUGAGUUCUACAGAUAGGUUUCUAGGUUCUCCUGAUAUAGAUCUAAGUUCCACAGAUAGGUUUCUAGGUUCUCCUAAUAUAGAUAUAAGUUCUACAGAUAGGUUUCUAGGUUCUCCUGAUAUAGAUCUAGGUCCUACAGAUAGGUUUCUAGGUUCUCCUAAUAUAGAUCUAGGUCCUACAGAUAAGUUUCUAGGUUCUCCUAAUAUAGAUCUAAGUCCUACAGAUAUGUUUCUUGGUUCUUCUAAUAUAGAUCUAGGUUCUAAAGAUAGGUUUCUAGGUUCUCCUAAUAUAGAUCUAGGUCCUACAGAUAAGUUUCUAGGUUCUCCUAAUAUAGAUCUAAGUCCUACAGAUAGGUUUUUAGGUUCUCCUAAUAUAGAUCUAGGUCCUACAGAUAAGUUUCUAGGUUCUCCUAAUAUAGAUGUAUGUCCUACAGAUAGGUUUCUAGGUUCUCCUGAUAUAGGCUAG